AUGUUGGCCGAGAUCCGUUCAAAGAUGAUUUGGAGAUAUAUCUUCACCUGCACUUUGGUCGUGAAUGCUGUCGUGGCGGCUCCUGCGUCCAAUUUCAACAACCUGCAAGAUUGCGUUACCGGUGCUCUUUCUGCUCUUGGAGAUGUUCAAAAACGUGUGCAGACUGCUAAAUCUGCAACCUACGAAGACGCACGUGUGGGUGCCAUCAUUAAGCCUGAAUUUCCGGCCAUGAUUGCUUUUGCCAAAUCCGCAACCGAGGUCGGCGCUUUGAUAGGAUGUGCUGCAAAUACCGGCUAUCAAGCCGUCCCUCGUUCGGGUCGUCAUCACUUCGAAGGCUGGUCUGCACUGAACGGUUCCUUGGUCAUCGAUGUAUCCUCGAUCAACUAUGUCAACAUUGAUGAUGACCUCAAAACGGCCACCAUUGGAGGUGGAACGAACCUCGGUCAAAUUUACACCGAAUUGAGUGUCGUAAACAAAACAUUUUUGGGAGGGAUCUGUCCCACGGUAGCUCUAGGAGGUUAUCUUGGAGCUGGAGGAUACAACCUACAGCAGAGGCAACAUGGCCUGGCUGUGGACCAGGUCUUGUCUUUCAAGAUCGUCAUGGCUAAUGGAGAUCUUCUCAAUGUCUCUCCAACGUCCCACCCAGAUCUAUGGUUCGCUGCACGAGGUGGUGGGACAUACGGUAUUGUUGUUGAAGCCACGGUGAAGAUUAUCACCCUACCAAGGUCGGCCAUGGUGGUUGGUUUCUUCAACAACAAGACAACACGAUAUGAAGUAGUGAGGAAAUUCCUCGACUGGGCACCUAAACAGCCAAGCGAAUUCACCAGUCAGCUCAAUGUCUAUAGCAAUCGGUCUCAUUUCAUCGGCUGGUAUCUGGGUGGUACCAAGCAAGAACUACAGGCCAUCAUGGACAAAUCUGGGCUCUUCGACGUCCCUGGAGCAAAUAUCUCCAUUGCCGGAAACUGCAGCACUGAGAAUUCUCGCAUGUACUGGAUGGAUCCCACAACUACUUGCAUUGAUGACGAUGAUGCCUAUAAGGCAUUCCUCAUGGUCUACAACACAGAACCAAUUCAUUUAGUACCGAUCAAGCCACAGCUGCGAAUCGAGGAGGAACUAGCACUUCCAUCUGCGCCUCCAGCGGCGUUAUGGCCUAGAUUUGGUGUCAUCAGCAAGACUUACUUCACUCUAAAGAAUAAGCCUCUGUCCAAUGACACACUCAAGGAAUUCAUCCAGAGAACUGAAGACCUUCCCGAGGAGGCCGGUUUUUGGGGGGAAUGGACGAGUUUUGGCAUUCCAAAACCGAAUGCAAACACCACCGGCUCUUUCCCUUGGCUAGAGGAUGCCUCGAUAUUGAUGCGAAUGGAGGUCUCAUCUGGAAAGGAUAAGAAGACAUAUGAGGCGAAUCGCGAAUGGCUUCUCGACUUUGAGAAGUUCUUCCGUCCUAAAGUUGGACACGCCAGCUAUUCCGGAUACAUUGAUGCGGACAUCUCUGUCAACCCACUGACUGCAUAUUACGGCGAUAAUAUCUGCAGGCUGAUCAAAGCAAAGAAGUUGUACGACCCCGGAAACUUUUUCAGAAACCCAUUCUCGGUCCCAACUACACCUCCGAAGGGCCUUUGCUAG